AUGAGAGGGCUGGACCAGUCGCUUCGUGAAUUACCAUCAACUCCCCUGUCGUCGCAGGAUCUGUCUCAAUGGCAGAUGGCGGUGGAACGUGUCCGGAGUUACUACUCUUCUUGGAAUCCUCUAGGGGAGACGCAAGCAGCUUACGACCAUCUCUUGAAGCAAGAUCUGCAACUGAGUGGCUGCGCUACGAAAGUUACCCAAUUAGUUCACAUUGAAGAUGACAAUAUUACGCCGUCCAGAAGGCACUUGGCAGAAACAGGCGAUAUCUCAGCGGCUGACAUUGACCUGUAUCUCGAGCUACUGCGAACUUCAGACACCAGCGUCAACAUUACCACAGUGAUAUCAAGUGACAAACUUGAUUCGGUUGUCAGCGGACUUGACCGGGAGAGAACCUGGGUAAUCCCCGUCCAGACUGAAUCGGGCUGGGCCUUCGCAGCCAUAUAUCCUGAUAGCAUUCACUGGUACAAUAACAGCCAACCGACCUCAGAAACGGGCCCUUCAGCCGGGCCAGGGUCACAGUCAUCGGACACUGGGAACACCGGCAUUGUCAUGCUUUUAGGUAUCCGUCUAAUUGCUAAACGGCUACCUCACGUAACCGAUGGGAUUCUCAAGGAUGGGCUUCCGCACUUCCGCGCCCGAUUGCUAGUUGAACUCAUUUGCGGGCAGCUAGACCCUGACGAGUCCACAGUUGCAGCAGCUGAAAAACACGUCACCGCUCUUCUGGGGAGCGAACAGCAAGUCGACUCCGAAUACUUUAUCGACGCCCUAGGAGAGAGAUUGGGGCAGAGCUACGAAUUCCCUCUAGAUCUUGGUCUACAGGGCGCCGAGGUGCAGGCUGACCCGAUCAUCAAUGGAAACAUCGAUAAGCCUGUCGACAGUUCAACAUCGAAUGCUAGUGACCACAUUUCUUGUAGCAUCGCCACAGGUGUCCCAGGCGCUCCAGUUUCGCGAGGCAAGAAAAAGUCUCAGCGGCGUCGCCGUCCACCACGCCACUCCCCAGCGCCAGGAACUCUGCUUCCGACACAAAGCAAUGAUUUCCAUAAUAUCCUGGAGGUUCUGAGCAGUGCAGUAAUCGUAGCUCGCUCCGUAGGAGCUUCGUCAAAAACGGAAAUGCACGCUUUAUGUAGCGUCAUCGAGACCGCAGCACAACCCAGUGACUUUCAUCACCGAUACUGCAAGACCAACCUCUACGAUCAAAUUGUCACGGAAACUAUUGAAGGGUAUGAUAUAGACCCAAGGCGUCUCAGAGAAUACGAGGGGUAUAUUGAAAAAAUACGAAACUCGCAAGUACAUGAGUCGGAAAUCAAGGCAAUUGAAGACGAGUGCCGGCUGUGGAUGGACCUGCGCAAUUGGUGCACAAGUCAGAAGAUAUAUGAGUAUACUCUGUUGUGUGCUAUCCCCAAAGGUCACCUCUUCUCUGUGUGUACUUUAACGCAGCUCCAGAAUCGCUUGCAUAACGAGCAUGAUCCCCUGCGAUAUCUUUUGAAGGACACCGAGAAGCUGUGUAAAAAAAUCAUAGACGGCAGUCUUCCCUCUCACUUACUUUGUGCUGAAGUAUAUCCCAGCAAGAAGAAGGAAGUAUUCUGCCGCGAUGCCUUCACCGCAUAUACCAGCGUGGAAACAAAUCCAUUGAUCCCCAUAAGGCCAGCUCCGCCCUCAUCAUUCUCCCGAACUCCCAAGCGCAACAGCACGAGGCUUUCAGCUCGGCGAAGAAGUCUUCCACCGAAAUUAAACCGGGGAGCCCAGGUUUAG